UGAUCCAAGGCUCAUCUUAGCCCAUGUGGUCUGACUUCUCUGUCUUGUAGCAGGCUUUGUUCUUCACUCUUCCACUCUCACAAGUUAUAGCACUCUGCUGAGAGAGGACGGCUAACAUAGGCUAGGUUAGUCGAAGCUCUGAACAAACAGCCCUAGCAUCUUAGAAGUUCACAAUGGCGGAUUUACUCGACAAACUUAACGAAGCCAAAUGGGAGGUAAUUCCAGAAAGUGCUAAGUCAGACUAUAAGGAGUACAAGGUUGUCCAUCAGCAUAUGUUCAUAAACGACACGUCCUUAAGGAUUAUCAUCCAAGCCGAGGACGACGAUCCGAAAAACGUCGUGCUAGAGGACUGCAAGAAGAAGAAGGACCCUCUCCAUAACAUCGGCAGGUGUGAGAUCAAACUGAACGCGGACGAAUCCCAGAUAAUCGGCAUUGACGUCGAAGGCGACAUCGUACAGAGGAAAAGUUAGAUCUAAUGGGCUCAAUGCUUUCCACGAACAAUAUUUCAUGUCAAAAGACACCAUUGUUUUAAUAUAUUCAUCAGAGCAUCGCAACCAUCACAGAUAAAUGGAAUAAUUCAAACGGUGAAGUCUCAACGCAAGCAGACUUCCGGUCACGUGAGAUUUGGACCGACUUACGCAAAGUUUUACGAAACGGCCCCUUUUCUUAUAUGGACAUUCUGUAGUCUCGCAUUGUCUCGGGUGAUCUCCUAUUCGUCUUAUACGAUCGAUAUGAAAGACUGCGUAGUGCCAGCGACCUAAGAGUUGCAGAAGUGGGACUUAACACUGGUGGUGUCAGCUACUGAAAUAUUAAAAUAUUUUUAGAAGAUGUAUAGUACCUGGACUGACAUCUCACAUUGCUGGCCUACAUGUACUCUCUUGGUAGUCUAAUUUCUAAUCGAACACUUACAAAGAAACGGCAAAUAAAUUGAUGUGGAUCAAAAUUCUGCAAUGUUAAGCUGAGAAGUGUCUACACGUGAGAUCAUCAAAAAAAUAAAAUUUACGCUUGUCGAAAGAAAGAUUUGGUGGCGCGAGAUUUUGUGAGAAUUUGAGAGACCGAGGAUUUUGGCAACGGAAGACACACAUACAAACACACACCAACAGCUUCCAUGGGUGAUGGACCGUGUAUAUCCAGCAACACAAUAUGCCUGUGUUUUUAUCUGGAAUGUGAUUUUUGAAAUCUAUUUAUUCAAAGGGAUGUUUCUUUUUUUUAAUGUCAAAUGUAGCAUUAGAAACGAUUGAAUUAUUGUACCCCUUCAUAGGGUUAACAAGAUCUAUUGUUUUUAAUUUUCGAUGUAUGCCUAUACUCGUCGGUAGUGUUUCUCUCAUUUUUGGCUCUACUAGCUUUAAGCCUGCUUUUCUUCUGAUAUAUUGUAGUUGUAUUGUUGUGUGUUCUUUAUCAGCGAAAACACUGGGCGAAAACAAAUUGUCUUAUACAUCCGUUUCCUAUAUAACUGUUGAACUAUCACGAGGGUAACACUGCCAGCUAAUUUCAGUAUACCGUGAUUGCCUUUAUCGACCAACAGCAAAGGCAGAUUCCACAAAGCUCCGAUUAUUGAUUUAAAUCAAAAUUUAAAACUUCAAUUUGUCGUAUUUUAAAUGUCAAACUAUAUCAAAUAUAGUCGUUGUCAAAUCUGUCCUGGAUGCGGUCAUUAUGGUAUAGACAGGUUGUACAAUAUAGAACCCAUAUAGACCACUUGCUGUGGUACAAACAUUCAAGGCAGUAAUGGUAUUAAUCAAUUUUAUUCGCCACCAGUUCCACAGAGGUAUGAUUUUGAGGUUAUAAACGAUAUCUAGGUUUCCCUUGGUUACAUAUGGGCCGAUAGUGACCAGCAACCCUCACAGCGGAUACCUAUAGUACAAAGAAAUUUUUACAUAAAAAACAACGCCCAUCUUUCUCUAUGUCUACUUUUCUGCUUUUUGUCAAUCUUUGCCAAGUUCAGAAUGUGUACUACAUGGGUCAAAAGAAUGAAGACAUUAUAAGUUAGAUCUGACAUAUUUUUAUGAAUAAAUAUUGUGAACUGUUUUUUCAUAUUUAAAUAAAAAAAUCCAGAAAAAAACAAA